AUGGCGACUAAGCGCAAAGCCUCGGCGAUGGGGACUGGCGUUGAAAAUGAGCCAGUGGACCCGUCUGAUGAGCUUGCCUUCUACUGCCUGGGUGGAGGCAAUGAGGUCGGACGAUCAUGUCACAUCAUUCAGUACAAGGGCAAAACGGUCAUGUUCGACGCGGGUAUGCAUCCAGCAAAGGAAGGGUUCUCUGCGCUUCCAUUUUUCGAUGAGUUUGAUCUGAGCACUGUCGAUAUCCUUUUGAUCAGUCACUUUCACGUUGACCACUCCUCCGCACUCCCCUACGUUCUGAGCAAGACAAACUUCAAAGGUCGAGUCUUCAUGACCCACGCGACAAAGGCCAUCUACAAGUGGCUGAUCCAAGACAAUGUCCGGGUCAGCAAUACCUCAUCCUCUUCCGACCAACGAACCUCCUUAUACACAGAACGCGAUCAUCUUUCAACUCUCCCCCUGAUUGAAACAAUUGACUUCAAUACCACGCACACAAUCAACAGCAUUCGAAUCACGCCUUUCCCCGCUGGUCAUGUUUUGGGCGCCGCCAUGUUCCUUGUAUCUAUCGCGGGCUUGAAUAUCCUCUUUACGGGUGAUUACUCACGCGAAGAGGACCGCCAUUUGAUACCUGCCGAGGUUCCCCGGGGCAUUAAAAUUGAUGUAUUAAUCACCGAGUCCACAUUUGGCAUUUCUUCUAAUCCACCCCGAUUGGAGCGGGAGGCCGCACUUAUGAAAUCGAUUACGGGAAUCCUGAAUCGCGGAGGGCGAGUUUUGAUGCCCGUAUUCGCGCUUGGUCGUGCUCAAGAGUUGCUGCUCAUUCUUGAAGAAUAUUGGGAGCGGCAUCCUGAGCUACAGAAAGUUCCGAUUUACUAUAUCGGUAACAUGGCCCGACGGUGUAUGGUGGUGUAUCAGACAUACAUCGGUGCCAUGAAUGACAACAUCAAACGACUUUUCAGGCAGCGCAUGGCUGAAGCGGAGGCGAGCGGAGACAAGAGCGCCACAGCAGGCCCUUGGGAUUUCCGUUUUGUGAGAAGUCUUCGUAGCCUUGAACGGUUUGACGAUGUUGGUGGAUGCGUGAUGAUAGCGUCCCCCGGUAUGCUGCAGACCGGUACGAGUCGUGAGCUGCUCGAAAGAUGGGCACCCAGCGACCGCAAUGGUGUGGUGAUGACAGGUUAUAGCGUCGAGGGAACAAUGGCAAAGCAGCUGCUCAACGAGCCCGAAGCCAUUCCUGCCAUCAUGUCAAAAGUGUCAACGGGGCAAGGUCGUGGGCGUGUUCCGGGAGGGAAUGAUGAGGAUCAAAAGGUCAUGAUACCACGUCGUUGCACCAUCGAUGAAAUCAGCUUUGCCGCGCAUGUUGACGGUGUUGAGAACCGAAACUUCAUCGAAGAAGUAGCUGCGCCGGUGGUUAUUUUGGUACAUGGUGAAAAGCAUCAAAUGAUGCGCCUGAAGUCCAAGCUCCUAUCUCUCAACGCUCAGAAGGCUACUCCAACCAAAGUCUUUACGCCUGCCAACUGUUCCGAACUUCGCAUUCCAUUCCGCAAAGACAAGUUUGCUCGCGUCGUCGGCAGACUGGCAGACAUUGUACCCCCCGGCCCUGAAGAUGAGAGCCAAUUGAUGGCAGGAGUUCUAGUUCAGAACGGCUUUGAUCUGUCCCUCAUGGCUGCGGACGAUCUUCGGGAAUAUGCCGGCUUGACAACUACCACUAUUGUUUGCAAGCAACAUCUAACACUCAGCUCUGCGAGCAUGGAUCUUAUCCGAUGGGCGCUUGAAGGUACAUUCGGGGCCAUUGAGGAGACCGGGCUUCGAUCUCAUCAAAAACGCAAGAAAGAGACGAACGACGACUCUUCGUUGACAGACCCGAAGCAGGAAGCCGCGGACGAGGAGAUCCAUAUGGAGGAAAAAAAAACAUAUUUGGUGAUGGGAUGUGUGACUCUUCAUUAUCACCCCCGAACCCGCGAGAUCGAACUUGAGUGGGAAGGUAAUAUGAUGAACGACGGCGUUGCUGAUGCAGUAAUGGCUGUACUUCUUACAGUAGAGAGCAGUCCAGCCUCCGUCAAGCAAUCUGCAAAAGAUAAACAUCACCAUCACCAUCAUCAUGACGACGAAUCUUUUUCACCUGCUCGGAAUCCCCAUGCAUAUGUUGGACCCGAAGACCGCCUGGCUCGCCUUCUCAUGAUGCUGGAGGCCCAGUUUGGAUCAGAUAUUGGUCCGAUUGAGAGACCGCGGGUUCCAGCAGAUCUGGUCAACGGCACAUCCGAAGCCACUGAGGCAGUCAAGGAAGAGCGUGUGGCAGAUAUUGAAUCAGCAGAGCUGGACCGCCUCCAUGCCUUGGGUAUUCCAGUACCUGGUCUUGAGAUUAAGGUAGACAAGCAUGUUGCGCGAGUAUGGCUUGAGACUUUGGAAGUGGAGUGCGCAAACGCUGUGCUUCGUGAUCGUGUCCGAGUCGUUGUUGAACGGGCAGUUGAGACGGUCGCAGGGUUGUGGGCACCUAGCUCUAUGCCCACGGAGAUUUCUGUUCCAAACGGUUCCUCCAAGAUGCAUCUCGAGACGGAUGGCCUUGCGAAAAAAGCGGGUGCAAUUGAAGCCUAA